AUGACAAAGGUCACCAUCCUCGGCGCUGGAAUCAUCGGCAUGGCCGCUGCAGCAAAGCUGCCUCGGGAUUACGACAUCACGAUCAUCGCCGAACACCUCCCCGGUGAUUAUCACACGAAAGAAUGGGCUAGUCCUUACGCUGCGGCAACAUGGGUUGGCGUUCAUAAGUCGACCCCAAGGGAACAGCAGAUGCAACUGGAGGGUCUUGCGGGACUUCGGAGCCUAGCGGCUACCAGUCCCGAAUCGAGCGUACGACGAAUUGAAAUGAAGGAGAUCAUGGAUGUAGGGUCUCCCGAAGAUGUUUGGUACGCUGGAAAGGUCCCCGGGUUUCGCUUUCUUGAGGCUCAUGAGCUGCCUCAGGGAGCGAAAUACGGCAUGGUAUAUCAGACUGUCGUUCUCACCCCUCAGGUAUUUCUCGUCUGGAUGUUUGAACGCCUUAAGGCGCGUGGGGUCAACUUUGUUCGGACCAAAGUACAGUCACUGGGAGACCUCGAGAACUUGGGACACGAUGUUCUCAUCAACGCUUCCGGCUUCGGUGCCCAGACACUGAAGGACGUCCAAGAGAAGCACAUGAUUUCGAUGAGGAUGCAGACAGUGGUUAUCAAGAAUGACACAUACGAUCGUCUCUUCAUCCGACGUGGCCCUAAUGGAUACUACUCGACGGCCUUUGCGAGGAAAGAUGGCACAGUCUAUGUUGGCGGUGUACUUCUGAGGGAUAAUUCGGAUCUGACAGUCCAUGAAGACCACAGAGCUCAGGUCUGCCGCAACGCCCAUAUGAACCAACCGGAAGUGUUCCCCUCGCCUGACCCUAAAGAGUGGCCCAUUCUCUACGACCAUGUUGCUAAGUACCCCAUAAUGGAUGGAGAGAAUGGCAAGAAUGUGCGAUGUGAGCGUGAGAUCAUUGGAUCGCAGAAAGUGAUACAUGCAUAUGGUCCACAUGCAGGUGGUUACGUUUUCAGUUUUGGCCUUGCCCGGGAAAUCGCCAACUUGAUGGAUGAUUUCCUGUUGAAAAUGAUGCCGACAGUCAAACUUUAG